CCUAGACCUAAAACAUACUCCAACAACAUCAGCAGCUCUGUGAUUGUGUGACAAUGCCUCUGACAGCCAUGUCUUUCCUCACUCUGUUUCUUCUCCUUCUCCAUCCUCUCACGGCCACAUCCUCCAUCCACAAUCUCCUCCAAAGCCAAGGACUCCCGGCGGGGCUCUUCCCGGAGAAUGUUAAAGCGUAUAGUCUUGAUCAGACGGGUCUUCUUGAGGUUCACCUGGACCAGCCAUGCUUGGCAAAGUUUGAGACCAGAGUGUACUUCGACAGCGUCGUCAGGGCUAACCUCAGCUUCGGUGGGCUUAAAGGGUUGGAGGGUCUCACUCAAGAAGAGCUUUUUCUAUGGCUGCCGGUGAAGGACAUUAUUGUGAACGAUCCAUCUUCAGGGCUCAUUCUGUUUGAUAUUGGUGUUGCUCAUAAGCAGCUCUCCCUCUCUCUGUUUGAAGACCCUCCUGUUUGUAAACCUCAAGGUGUAUUGUUGGAGAAGGGUGGCAGGAAGAAGAUGGGAUUUCAAUUUCAGAGAUGAUAGAUAGGUUGAAAACUUUUUCAUAUGAGAUCAUGUCCUCUUCUUUUUGUUUGUCAUUUUUUUUUUUUUGGGGAAAAAAAUGUGAGAGCUAAGUUCAUAGAUGAUGUCAAGGCUGUAAAGAUG